AUGUUGGGAGGUCUUCUACAAGACAUCAAUCCAGGCAUGAUCCAGCCAGUUAACACUUUUCUCAAUGUCUUUUCUUCGUUUUUUCUUCUUCUUUUUGCAGUUGUUACUGGGCAACCUCCCCUGCAAAAUUCAACAUCGGUCAUCAUUGGCGGUCAGAGUGCGUGUGAACCGCUCACCCUGCCGAUGUGCGUCUCGAAUGGUGUCCAGUACACACAAACGAUCUUUCCAAAUAUGCUCUGGAUGAUGACACAAGAAGAAGCUACAACCGCAGCUGAGAGUCUAGCCCCAUUAGUAGCUAUGGGUUGUGGUCCCAUAGCAGACUUUGUGUGUAUGUUAUUCGCCCCUCCGUGUGUUGAGAUUGGCGGUGUCUCCGUACUAGUUCCUCCAUGCAGAAGCGUCUGUGAAGAAUCAAGAGACGCCUGCAGGCCAAUCUUCCAAGCUGUAGAUCAGGAAUGGCCAGAACAGUUUGAAUGCUCGAGGUUUCCUGUCGUAGCACCACCAGGGGAGCCAGCUAGAUGUGCUGAAUCUACAAUGAGGGUACUUGAUGCUGCAAAUGAGAUUGAGGAAACGGAGGUACCUCAAGAACCACCUACAUGUCAUGACGUCACAGUCCCAGAAUGCUACCAGCUUGGUUUCACCCAUACAUCAUUUCCUAACAUCUUUGGGCAUACCACACCAGAACAGAUGAUGCAGGAUAUGACGUCACUAACCCAGCUGAUCAUCUCUGGCUGCUCAGAAGACCUUCUGCCGCUGAUCUGUGGGGCAUACCUACCAAAGUGUGAUCCAGUCACUGGAGAGAACAUUACACCGUGUAAAGAGACGUGUAGGAGAAUCUCCAAGGAAUGCAAGGAUGCCAUGAAAGAAUUGUCAAUCGGACGAGUAGAUCUCUUCUCGUGUAGAUAUUACCAAUCUAAGAAACAGGAUGGUGUUUGUGUGGAGGAUGUCCGUGCCCCAGCUGCCCCUGUCAUUAUGAACAUCACCAGACCAGCUGUAUCUCAAGCACAAAUCUUCUUUCAGCAACCUGACAUCCCUGACGUCAGCUUCGAUGGUCUUGAAGUCACCUUCUUCAAUGAUGAUGGCGAUGACGAGGGGACCGUGGUCAUUGAUUCAGAGGAUGAGGCAACCGUUGAUCUCAUGACGCAGGCACAGUAUACCUUAUUAGUCCGAUCAUUCAAUGAGUGGGGUAGCAGUCCAUAUGUUGAUGUCAUGGUUCCGGAAUACGUUCAGGUUUCGGAUGAGUGUGAACCAGUAACUGCUCCUUUGUGUGCCAACAUGAAGUAUGAGUACACUAGAUUCCCCAACCAUCUCAACCAUGAGAGACAAGAAGAUGCCGGUCUAGAGCUUGAUCAGUUUGCACCGUUAGUGCAGGUCCAGUGUUCUCCAGAUCUUCAAAAUUUUCUCUGUUCUGUCUAUAUGCCACCGUGUUCCAGCGAUCAAGAAAUCAAACCAUGUAGGGAACUUUGUGAAUCUGCCCGUUCUGGAUGUGAGCCACUGAUGAAUAAAUUUGGAUUCAAUUGGCCUGAAACAUUGGAUUGUGAUCAAUUCCCAUCAGCGGCCGAUGCAAACUGCUUCUCUAACGAUAAACUUACUUUACAUCCAGGCCAGGGAAGAAUUGAGAAAGAAAAAGGUUCCCCAGUCACUGCUUACUGCUCAUCAUCAUCACGUGACAGACGACCCGAAUGGAUGAAUCCUAGGGGUGAACCGGUCGCCAUAAAAACUAGUGAUAUUCCUGCCAAUGAGGGUGUUGCAUACAGUGAGCACAUUGGUUCACAGACUGCUGUUCUGAGCAUCCCUUCUCUCUCUGCAGAAAACAUGGGUGUCUAUUCUUGUAGACUAGAUAACGAGAAACAUUCUAUGGCCAUCUCUUUACCCAGAACCUGCGAGGGUAUUGAAUCGGCGCAAUGCAUGAUGGUCCUGCCGUAUUCGGAAUCCAUCUACCCAAAUUCUCUCGGUCACAUGUCAACGACAGAAGCAGAAUUUGCAUCGUUUCAGUUCUUACCGCUCUUAGCCUUAGGAUGCUCACCGGUCAACCUACCCCUCUUUGUCUGUUCGCUCUACUUUCCAUCAUGUGGGGACGCAUUGACCUUGCCAUGCUCGGAGCUAUGUCGGGCAGCCAUGACAGAGUGCUCCGUCUUCAUCAUGGGUGCACAGCAUGUAUGGCCAGAGACAGCCCAGUGCAGUAACUUUCCUUCAAUGUCAGAUGGCACCUGCAUUCCACCACAAGGUCUUCCACGUACGACUGUGACUCCCGAAGAGCCAACCAGUAUCACCCAGACCACUACCAACAAAGCAACUACUCCCACACCAGUUACACCGACUAUGCAAGAAUCUCCCGCACAGCAGAAUAUGAACAACAGUAACACUACGGAGCUUCUCCGCCGCUCUUACGCCAUAACAGACCGAGGAAUGAUUCAAAUGUUUCGUGGUUGGGUUGACGUUCAAGGCCAGGGUGCCCCCAACGACUUCUGCAGGGUUGUACGCACGGAAGGAAGGCCAUUCCUGUCAUGUCUUCUUGCCGGGUCUGAAGAAGAUGAGUUACUUGCCUACACUUCACCCAACCCCUCUGUUGAAUGGUUUGACCCAGGCUAUUCCAAUACAUGGUACAUGAAAGAUGAGGAUAACGAUGGUCGAGACGACUAUUGCAGGUGUAUUGGUAGCCUGCCCUCUACGUUGGUUGUGUGUAUGAAAGCUGGAGUCGAUGGUUUCGAGGGACCCGGCAGUGAUUUCUUGCCUCCAAACGCCCCCGAAGAAUGUCUCUUCCACCAAGCCGAUCCAUUCUUUGGUUUCUAAUUCUAUUUUUCAUACUACAUAUUAAACAGUUUCCUCUUGGAACCAGGGGGUCCAUGUACAAAGCUGAUUACAGAAUUCAGAAGUCAAGAGGUUAACCCAUUGCUUACUAGCGAGCGGUGGUUCCUGUACGAUUCCUAUGGGGAUUAAACAAUUCAGUAGUCGACAGGUUAACACGUUGAGUACUGAUAAGAAGUGGUCUCUUUACACUGCAUUUAGUAAUUGAAAUUUUCACCAGUCAACAGGUUAACCCAUUUCGAACCUGGUGGUUCCUGUGAAAAGCCUAUGGAAAUCGUAGAAUUCAGUAGUCAUCCAUCUGCCUACCAAAACCACUUGAUCUGUGUACUCUAUUCAAAGCCAAUAAGGAUAAUGACAAAAUCCAAUUGACAUUGGGUUUACACCGUAUAUCUAUGGUUUAAGAAUAGGGGGGAAAUGAAGUGAAAAAUGUAAAAUUUUUAUAUGAUUUUCAUGUUUAAAAAGGUACAAUUUUGGGGCUGGUUGCCUUCUAACUCGCAACAAGUUAGAAUAUCUCCCCAUAUACCAUGUACAUGUCCUACCCCCUCAAAAUUUAUGAUUCAUUACACUACUGUGCGUAGGCAUGGAUUGACCUCCGUGGCAAAAAGGUUAUUGCUUUUCUUGUGAACUAAAAAAAAAUGUUACAAAGUCAACCAACCAACUUCUGAAGAUAGUAAACUAAUCUGCAGAUGUUUGAUAAUACUUAUGUCCAUGCACUGUUUUUUUACAGAUCUGGUGCUAGACAAUUGUACCUUAAAUGCAAUGGCUUUUUGAUCAAUCUGUUCACGAGCUGGGACCUCAGAACGCCCCGGUUUUAGAUAUUUUAUAUGCACCAUUUUUGAAAGGUCUGAUAUUGGAAACUCCCUGGCUAGAUAAUGCUUAGUAUGCACUACUUUUUAAAUAUAUCUUCCAAUAACCAAAUACAGAUUUUCACCAACGCCUUCAUGAAGCUUUUUAUGCAUCUGUACGUCAUACCUCGCCUCUUUUACCUCCGUACAUGUAUAAAAACAAAUGUUUUGGGGUUAUUUUUAUACUGUUUUUUAUAUAAUGAUUUUGACUUUUUACCUAUCAUGACGACAGAAUAGGGAUUUAAUAACAACAAAAAGUGUUUUGUACUGAUUGUAUAUAGAGACAUGAGUUUGCAAGAUGUCAGUGUUAUGAUGAAACUAAUAAAUAGAUGAUCAUGAUA